AGCCCAUGAUGACACUCUUCAGGUCACUUGUUCUAUCUAGGCUGGAAUAUUGCUGCACUCUAACAGCACCUUUCAAGGCAGGUGAAAUUGCCGACCUAGAAAAUGUACAGAGAACUUUCACGGCGCGCAUAACGGAGAUAAAACACCUCAAUUACUGGGAGCGCUUGAGGUUUCUAAACCUGUAUUCCCUGGAACGCAGGAGGGAGAGAUACAUGAUUAUAUACACCUGGAAAAUCCUAGAGGGACUAGUACCGAACUUGCACACGAAAAUCACUCACUACGAAAGCAAAAGACUUGGCAGACGAUGCACCAUCCCCCCAAUGAAAAGCAGGGGUGUCACUAGCACGUUAAGAGACCAUACAAUAAGUGUCAGGGGCCCGAGACUGUUCAACUGCCUCCCAGCACACAUAAGAGGGAUUACCAACAGACCCCUGGCAGUCUUCAAGCUGGCACUGGACAAGCACCUAAAGUCAGUUCCUGAUCAGCCGGGCUGUGGCUCGUACGUUGGUUUGCGUGCAGCCAGCAGCAACAGCCUGGUUGAUCAGGCGCUGAUCCACCAGGAGGCCUGGUCACAGACCGGAGCCGCGGGGGCGUUGACCCCCGAAACUCUCUCCAGGUAAACUCCAGGUACAUAAUUGGUCCAGGGACUGGACUCCAAAGUUUUGAUAGCUGAGCAAGUUACAGAGGUAAUGAACUCACAAUUUACAAAGGUAAUGAACUUGUGGAAAAUUGCAUUUAUCUGAAUGUAUCAUUAUAUACAUAACAGUAAAUGAAAAGAUAAUUAUUAUUUAUCAGUUAAACAUGUAGGAAUUUGGGACACCUAGGUGGCAAAAAAUGUCCCCCUUCAAUACCUACCACUGUCAUAUCCACAAGUUGCUCUGGACCUAUUAAUUACCAAUGAAAUAUGUAUAACCAGGAAUACUGGUAAAUAUAUAAAUUUUGUGGACUGUAUAUUAAAAAUGGUUAUAUAUAUACACAAUUACAUAACAGAAGGAAAAUAUAUCUUAAUAUCACUCACCAAUUUGACUGGAGAUUAAUGUGUAUCAUACUCAGAAAACCUCACUCUAACUAAAUCUAUGAAAAUAAUACUGGCCAGAAUUACACACAAAUCUAGAGAGCUUAUCUGAGGUUCCUGGAGAGGUCUUGUCCAGUCGCCUGAUAUCUCAAGCUAUGCAGGAAUGCAUAUCCACCAAUUCCGUCUCCUAUUUGAGAGGUGUCAACCCAGUUUUAACCUCUAGAGCACGAAAAAUUCUUCUCAUUACUAAUGUCUGUUACUCCAUUCAAAAAACACAAAAUGGCGACUCUCGUCUGCGCAGACGCAGGCUUUCCGUUUUCUAUGACUUAAAUAUUAUUAAAUACAGUAUGGCCAUCUAUUUACAUAUAAAUACUGAAUUUCUGGAAAAUAUAUACAGUAUUUUCCACACUGCGGCUGGCCGGAGUUCGUUGCUUAACGAUUCAAAUUACUCAUUUAGGAGACGAUUCCAGCCAGUUCUGGCUUGAGUGGCUGUUCUCCUAGUAGGUCUUACUAUGAUUUCAUCUUCCGGCAUCACUUGGUCUGCGUUAUCUUCCACAUCACUUGUGUCACUUUCCCUCAGAUUUUCAUUUACGUUUGAUUGAACACCUAACUCCAAGGGAAUCAAUUUAUUAAUUGUGCGUAAACUUUCCUGGCCAUGACAGAACACUUUGACAUUCCUGACAACACCUUGUGCAUCUGGGUACAAUGUCAAUACUUUGCCCAGAGGCCACAAUGUUCGUUGUUGUUCAGUGUCAACCCUUUACCGGGCAGGACCGAGUGUACUCGGUCCUCAAAACGUGGUUUUUUGCGCACGUCCUCCGACUCCCCCAGCGCAUCUAGGUUCCCAUUCUCUAUUUCUGACCAAUCACAGACCUUCCCUGAGUCGCCCCAGCUGAGCGGUGAUGGCGGCUGCCCGAUUCCCAUUGGUCGAGAGAGCAGAAUGUAAACACUUCUACCUUGCCGGCGCAAAAACUCGUGUUUCUCGGUUGAGUGCUCCUUAUAUACUGAAGCAUUUCACCCAAUACAAUGUCGAUCAAUAAGAAAUUGUUCUACGGUGAGUCCUCCAAGGAUAAGUCGAAAUUUGUCUGUGUUUGGGAUGAUAGUGACUCAGAUCAAGACUCAGAUGACCUGGAUUUCCUGGAUAGUGAGGAUGAAUUCUUGCCACCAGAUGCAGAGGUGUCAACAGAUGAGGAGGAGGAAGCUGGGCCACCACCAAAAAAACAAAAAUUGAACAAGAGGAAGAAACGUAUUACUAUGGAGGAAUACCCUGAUGAAGAAGUGCUUCAAGAUGAUCUUGCUUCUCAAGGAGACACCAAAUGGAAGAAUGAGGACAUCCACACUGACCCUUUGCCUAAAUAUCAACAUAUAAAGCCUGUUGAAGUUAGGUGUGCAUAUGAUUAUUUUACAGACUUUUUUACUCAAGACAUGAUAGACAACAUUACAUUUCAAACUAAUUUGUAUGCCAGGCAAAAAGACAUACAUACUACUUUUCAAACAGAUUCUGAGGAAAUGACUAGGUUUAUAGGUAUUCUGUUGCAUAUGGGUUACACUGUACAGCCAUCCAUUGAGGACUAUUGGAGAAGUGCAAGUAGGAUAACUCAAGUUGCAGAAGUCAUGGGAUCAAAGAGGUUUAGGUUGCUGAGGCGUACCAUUAAUUUCAAUGAUAACACACAAAAGAAGGAUAAUGACAGAUUCUACAAAAUAAGGCCUCUUUACAAUGGACUAACUAAAGCUUGCUUGAAAGUUCCAGCUACACCCAAGCAGUCUGUUGAUGAAGUUAUGGAUGCUUUCAAGGGUAAAACAGCUGGAAACCUAAGGCAAUACAUCAAAAACAAACCAGACAAGUGGGGUUUCAAACUCUUCUGUCGUGCCAGUGAAGAUGGAAUCAUACAUGAUAUACUGAUGUAUCAAGGUAACCCAACUUUUGAGAACCAUCACAUAAAGCUGUCAAAUGAAGAAAGUAACCUCCCAAUGAGUUCCAGGAUUGUUCUUGUACUUGCAGCAUCUCUUGACCAAAGAAAAACAUCAGCAGUCUAUGCUGAUAAUUUCUUUUCAAGUCUACCUUUGGUCAAGGUACUGAGAGACAAGUAUAACUGCAGGUACACUGGAACAAUACGUGAUAAUAGAUGUGGUAAGCCACAACUGAUGCCUGUGAAAGAAAUGCAAAAGAGUAAUGUGGCCAGGGGCUAUUUUGAUUUCCAAAGCAAUGAUGAUAUCCUUCUUGUAAGAUGGAAGGACAACAAAGUUGUGACUCUAGUCACAAAUGAUGUCGGAGUUUAUCAUUUGGGUCUUAUUGAAAGAUAUGACAAGGCAUCAAAGAAGAAAGACCACUUUGAGUGCCCAGGCAUCAUCAAGAACUACAACGCAAACAUGGGAGGUAUCGACAAAAGUAACAUGUUGGUCCAUCUUUACAAAACGCCAAUGAAAUCAAAGCGUUGGUACAUGCGGCUCUUUGCUUAUGUUUUGGAUGUUGCUGUUGUGAAUGCAUGGCUUCUUUACUGUCGUGAUUGUAGGUCACUAAACAUGCCAUGCACACCACUGAAGCUAUUCAGGCUUGAGAUCUCUGUCACUGCAAGAUCCAAAGGACAAAAGGUCAACCGCACCAGCAUGAGACGAAGUCGAGAUUCACCCAGUACUUCUUUGGUUGACAGUAAUGACGAUUUGUCAAACGUGGAAUACCCAUCUGCAUUUCAGUACCAACGUGCAGAAAGGCCAGAUGACAGUGUGAGGCUGGAUAAACAGCUAGGUCACUGGCCAGUGCUAGGUGCAGUUAUUAAAUGA